AUGACGAACAACAAGAUAGUGAUCAACUUGGCUCUCUUUGGUAGAACUCAGAGUGGAAAAAGUUCUGCAGGAAACAUUCUUCUGGGAAGCACUGACUUCCACAGUCACUUUGCCCCAUGUUCUGUAACCCAAGAAUGCAGCCUGGGCCGCAGCUGUCAUCUCCAUGGCUUCAUGCGUCGAGCAGGGCAAGAAAUAAUCCUGCAAGUCCAGGUGUUGGACACUCCGGGUUAUCCACACAGCAAUCUGAGCAUGCAGCAUGUGAAGCAGCAGGUCAAGGCGGCCCUGAAACAUCACUUUGGGCAAGAGGGGCUCCACCUUGCACUGCUGGUCCAGAGAGCAGAUGUGCCUUUCUGUGGACAGGAGGCAUCUUACCCCAUCCAGCUGAUCCAGGAACUUCUGGGAGAUGCUUGGAAGAAUCAUACUGCUGUUCUUUUCACCCAUGCAGAAAAAAUGGAAGAGGCUGGAUUCAAGGAAAAUGAAUACUUAUGUCAGGCUUCUGAUACACUGCUAUGUCUACUGACCUCCAUUCAGCACAGAUGUAUUUUCCAGUACAAAAAAGGAAACUUCAUUAAUGAACAAAGAAUGAAAAUCUUAGAAAAGAUCACAGAAUUUAUAAAAGACAAUAACUUUCAAGUCCUUACCUUUAAAUAA